AUGAACUUCGCCUUGGAUAGGUGGAGAAUAAUAGACAAUGAGGUUGGGAAGCUCCUCACGGCGGACUUCAUGAGGGAGGUCGAAUAUCAGAGUUGGAUUGCCAACCCAGUUCGCAUGAAGAAGGCCAAUGGAAAGUGGCACAUGUACAUCGACUAUAUAGACCCCAACAGAGCCUGCCUAAAGGAUAGCUUCCCACUCCCUAGGAUAAACCGCCUAAUAGAUGCAACCUUGAGGUUUGAGUUAUUGAGUUUCACGGAUGCAUACUCCGGUUAUAACCAGAUCCAGAUGGAUCCUACCGACCAAGAGAAAACAGCCUUCAUGACUGAGCCUGGCCUUUAUUGUUACAAGGUCAUACCCUUUGGCCUAAAGAACAUUGGGGUGACCUAUCAACGCCUUGUGAAUAAGACUUUUGCCCCUUUGAUUGAUGAUAAAGUAGAGGUGUACAUAAACGACAUGGUCUUAAAGAGCAAAUCCCAUGAAACUCUAAUUGCCAACUUGACUUAUGUCUUCUACGCACUUAGAAAAUUUAAUCUAAAGCUUAAUCUAAAUAAGUGCGUCUUCGGUGUCACGUCGGGAAAGUUCCCCGGGUACAUAGUAAAAUGA